AUGGCGAAUCAUCAACCGCGCACCAUGGCUAUGGAUCCGCCACAUAUAACUGAAUUUGCUUCAGAGCGUUAUUUCGAAAAGUUGAAUCAGCUUAACGCUCAUCAGCAACAACAGCAACAAUUCCAACAUCAAGGCCCCGCACCUCACAACGGUCUCGACGCUUCCACCCCAUUGCCGUCGAAGUUCAUCCUCCCCUUGCGAGAAUCUAAAACCGCCGAUACUGAACCUAUCAAGCAUGGUGAACCGAAGCGUGAGAGGGCCCGAUUCUUCGGUCUACGCUCCAAGGUCUCCAUACUUCAUUCCAAAUCGAACUCUCCAACUACCAGCGCUCCACGUGUUUCCAAUGAAUCAACACGAAAGAGUUUUGAUCAACUCUUUCUUGGACUACCCAACGAGCUACAAAUUCAAAUCAUUUCUGCUUUACCACUGACGGAUGUACUCAAUCUUCGACUUGCUUCUAAAUCGUGGCAUACUCUUGUCACCUUGAACGAAAAUACUAUUGCUCGAUACCAUCUUGAACACCACAUCCCUGCUUAUGCCUCCCGCCUUUAUCCUAUCACCGAUUCUACUCAAAUCAAUUUCCAACACCUAUGUGGCCUGUGGCAUCGGUUGCACGUCGCCGCAAAGCUGGCCCUGAUGAUGUGCGAAUGGAUCACCAAAGAUAUUUUUCUUCGUCAAACCGAAGCCCAGCGAAUGGCAUUUGCCCCCCAGAACGAACGCAUGCGACGACGACUGAUCCCUCUCUUGUUCACAAUAUUCCAUUUCUUUGAAACCUAUCGAAGACUAUAUUUAAAGCGAAUGGCUGAGAACGACGGUAAAGGCCUAAAACGCGAACCCUAUACUAUCAACCCUAUCGAAGCCGAAAUUAUGAGUAUGUACGACGACCAAACCUUAUUGCGGGUUCACGAAGUAUUUCCGCUUGUGAUAUCGUCGUUUUGCCGAAGAUUACGACCACCAACAUACGUGGGUAGAGUCGAGAGGUCUCUCCGUGGAUAUAUCAGAGAGAAACCAUCUGAUGACGUACACGUCGCAAUCCUAUGUAUUGGUGGACUUCGACAAGUAGAGAGGCUUUGGGAGAUUAAAGGAUAUAACAGCCGCCGUGGUGCUGUGGACACCUGGUUUAACGCUCUUACCAAGGAAUCCCCCUCGACCGAGUCGACCACGUCGACAUCGAAACCCAAACGAGGCCUUUUUGGACGUAAGAAGUCUACUAGUGAAGCCCGGCCAUCUGGUGCUGCAUUGAACAAGGUUCGAAGCUCGGGCUCUAUAGAUGGUAACAUGGACUGGGAUGCUAGCUUCGUCUUCAACACGAGCUUAUCUGCCGGCGCCCCCAUGUCUCCUCUGAGCCCUCAACAGGCUCAAGCACUCCUCAACGAUCUUCCUGUACUGCAACAAAUAUGGCUCACUACAGCUGAGGCACUUGUUCUCCAGCGCCGAAUUGUUGAACGCCCGCAAGACAUCAAGCGCAACCAACAGGUCAUGCUCGACUUGAUCCGAGAGGAUGGGCUUGACGAAGAGGACGAAUGGUGGUACGGCCGCAGCAUCCCCGAUUCCGUGCGGCCUCCCGUCGGUGUCACUGAUGACGAUGCGGAGUGA